AUGGCUGCUCCACCAUCUCCCCACCCUGUCAUUCGUGACCCUAUCCCAACAUCUCGUCGUAACUCAAGUCGCAAGACCAUUCCUUGCCUCUCACGAACUGCCUCCAACGUCGAUGCUCCUCGCACCGUCUGCCCCAAGGACGGCGAUGCUUUCAGCUACGACCCUUCUCACCUACGCCACUGGAACUGUCCUCAAGAGCUCUGGGACCGCCUUCCCAAGCAAGUCCAAGCUAGCCUGACCGAUGUUCAGCAUGCAGGUGCCGCUGUUCUAACUGGCUUCGAGCGUCUCGACCAGCACUUUGACAGCUUUGAAGUCGACCCCAAGGCUACUGAAGACGAGCUUCUGGUUCACCUCGACGAGCUCCCUCCCCCAAAAUUCCGUACAGUCAGCAAUGCUAGCAGCGUCUUCCAGUCUGACUCCUCUCCGCCUCUGACUAGUGCGUCAUCGGCCUCCCAGUCAGGAAGCGCGUCCCCUACGACUCCGGCCUUCUCUGGCGUGUCUGAGUCUCAAAUCAUGUCCCCCGGCUCACCCAUUUGCUUGGGCCCCCCGGAGCUCUCUCGCUCACGUGAGCGCUCCUUCUCCACGCCGCUCAGGUCGCACGAUGCCAAGUAUGCUGCGGAGCUGUCGCACCUGCGCACUGAGGCCCUUCCCCGUCUACGUCACAAGUCUUACAAGGUCGACACAGAGUGGCAAGAGGCUAAACGUGUCAAGGAUGCCCUCACUUCUGGCGGCAUCAACGCUUUCGAGAACUUCUGGGCCGAGAAGAAGCUGCUGAUUCUCAGUCUCAACGAGCGGGGCAAGCGUCUUGCGAGUGCCGCCGGUCUUGCUACCACCGGACUCGGCUGGUCCGCCCCGUAG